UUGCGAUUUCUAGUGUCUGCAGUCACAUGGCAGAGUCACAUGGUAGAGUCAAGAUGGCUGCAGUGAGAGAAGAGCAGUUUGCAGCUCUGCAGAUCUUAUUGAAGGCUUCCUCAAAGGACGUAGUUAGACAACUAUGCCAAGAGUGCUUUUCUAGCUCAACAAGAGGCUCAAGCAAAUUGAUUGACAGCACCUGUUCCAAUCUGUCUGUGACAUCAGAAGAAGCAGCUCAACUGGUCUGCUGUUUGCACAACCUCACCAGGCACGUUGUGUAUCGGGGCCUGUCAUCUGCGGAAGAAAUUCUCUCUCUUUUCCCACAGAACUUCCACCAGAGUCUAAAAAACCUCCUGACCAAGAUAAUUUUGGAAAAUGUCUCCGUCUGGAGGAGUGAAGCACAAUCAAGUCAGAUCUCCCUGCCUCGGCUGGUUGAUAUGGACUGGAGAGUGGACAUCAAGACGUCCUCGGACAGCAUCGGCAGAAUGGCAGUCCCCACCUGCCUGCUACAGUUGAAGAUUCAGGAAGAUGCUGCCUUGUGUGGGGAUAGCCCUGUGAUCUCUUCAGUGACUGUGGAGCUGAAUAAAGAAACCCUAGACACUAUGUUAGAUGGUCUGGGAAGGAUCCGAGAUCAACUCUCUGCUGUAGCAAACAAAUGAAUGCCUGGGAUGUGAAUUUCACCUGCCAUUUGUACCUGGAAAGGAACUCUCCUCUAUUACAAAUAGAGCUCUGAUAUCUUACAGACUGGUAUCUCUCUCUUUCUCUACCAAUCAAAAUUUAAAAAUUGUUUGAUUUUUUUUUUUUUUGUGGGGGGUGGGGAAGGGGGAGGUAAUAACACAGCUUUCCAAAAGCAGAUGCUUCAAGGUGCACUUGCUCUGGUGCCAAAAGUAUUUUCCUAAUGUUGUUGAACAAAAACUGGUCUCCCAUUCAGAGAAGGAUUUAAGGACUCAGAGCCUGACUUAAUCGCAAGGGUUGUAAUGGGAAAUAGCAGCAGCCAGUGGAGCGAACGCUGUUUCCCUGCCCUGAGAUUAGGGACGAAAAGACUGAGGCUAGCUGAUGGGCUGGCUUCCAGCAUUACCAGACAACAAGAGUGCUUCUCUCUCGAAGCUGUGUGUACUGAGGUGCAUGCUGUACGUAUCUCUCUCUCCCUCUCAAUGAGGCAUAGCUAGGCUACAGAUUGUUAUUAUAGGAUAAUGUUUUGAAAUAGGACAAUUAUUCUGCAGUGCAUUCCCUUCUGAUUGACUCCAUAUUACUAUUUGCAAAAUGACUAGUCUGAGCAGCUCACUGUAAGUAACUGGGUUGGAACAUCUGUAGUAGCAAGUAAUUUCCUCCUUCUGGCUGAAAAGAAAAGGGGGUUGGGUUUUGCUCACUUAUGUUGGGUUUAAUAGUCUUAGGCCUUGUCUUCCCUGCAGAACGAAAAAAGGUGUGAAGAGAAAUUUAGAUGAUAAAGAAUCAAUAGCAACUGUGUGUACCACAGCUGGUGUCUGUACCCGCAAAAGGCCAAGUUACAUCUUCAUGUAAAAUGAAUCUUUUUAAUAAAAGAAAAAAAUAAACUGUUA